AUGUCGUAUCAGCAACCUUACGGACAAGGUCCGCCUCAGGGCUAUAAUCAAUAUCCCCCUGCAGGACAGUACCCGCCGCCGCAGGGACAGUAUGGCCAGCACCAACAAUAUCCACAAUAUCCCCCGCAGGGUCCAGGCCCCUACCAGCAAAGUCCAAGCGCUCAUCAGCCACCUCAACAGCACGGUUCAUACCCACCUCCAAUGGCCGGCCAUCAUCCACAGCAAACACAAUCACCAUACCCUCCUCAGCAGCAACACCCACCACAGGGUGCCUCUCCAUACCCACCUCCCAUGAGCGGCCAGCAUCCCCAGCAGCCUGGUCCGUAUUCUUCAUACCCACCACCACAACAGGGCAUGGGAUAUCCGCAUCAAGGCCCUCCGUCCCAGCAGAGCUAUCCACAAGGGCAUCCUCCUCAGCCAGGUUACCCGAAUGCGCCGCAACAGCAAUACCAAUCCUUCCCUCCGGGCCCUCCAGGCCAACAACCACCACCGAUGAUGGGACCUGCAGGAGCAGGCGGACCCUACCCCAAUUAUCCCCCACAACAAGGCCCCAUGCCCUCCCGUCCCUCCCCCGGCUAUGACCCUACCUUCCUUGCCCCAGGGACAGCAUCCAACGAAGCCGAAGCUCUCCGCAAAGCCAUGAAGGGCUUUGGAACGGACGAGAAAGCGCUCAUUCGUGUCCUGACUAGCACCACCGACCCCAACCGAAUGGCACUUAUCCGCCACACCUACGAAAAGAUGCACAACCGAUCCCUAACCAAGGACCUGAAAUCCGAGACCUCGGGAUCGUUCGAGACCAUUCUCGUUUCGCUCGCCACAGGACCAUUGGAAUCAGAUAUCACGUACCUCCACGACGCGAUGAGCGGGCUGGGUACGAACGAAAAGGGAUUAAACGAUGUCCUUCUAGGACGGAGCAAUGCCGAUCUGCACGCCAUUCAGCGCGCCUACCGGGACAAAUACCACAAGUCGCUUCUCGAUGACAUCAAGGGGGAACUGAGCGGGAAGACAGAGCGGUUCUUCGUGAUGCUUCUCAACGCGAGACGCCCCGAACCGGGAACUCCCUUUGAUCCGCGCGGCGUGGACACCGACGUGGGAGAACUUCACCGUGUAACCGCUGGGAAGAUGGGAACAGACGAGGUCGCUCUUUUCGGUAUCUUCAUGAACUCGUCCGAUGAGAGGUUGAAUGUGUUGGCUGGGGAGUUCGAGAGGAUGUAUCAUGUCCCUCUUGAGAAGGUCAUUCGAAGUGAGUUUUCGGGGCAUUUGGAGGAUGCGCUGGUUACGAUGUUGCGGGUAGCGAGGGAUCCGGUCUCAUUCCAUGGUGCAACUUUGAAGGAGUGUUUCUUUGGGUCCAAUGGGGUUAAUGAGAAGAGGCUGGUGUAUUGGACUGUCAGGUUGCAUUGGAAUCCGGAGUACUUCGCGAGGGUGAAGGGAACGAUGGGAGGGAAUAUGCGCUCAUUGGUGAAGAGUUAUGUUUCGGGUGGGGAUUUUGAGGAUGCGAUGAUGGCGGUUUGCUCUCAUUAA